GACAAAGUCCGAGCAGCUCUGGCGCAUCACAAGCUGACGCUCUCCUUACAUCAGCAAGAGAGGUGUCCGCGACAAGAGUUUUUGAUGCAGGACCACUACCAGCACGAAUCGCUGCAGCAGGUGAUAAACCAGAUGCAGAACAGCAGAUGAUAAACCAGCUGCAUCAACAGCAAGCAGCACCUCCGCUUGCCGCACGAACUACCCCCGCGACCCUCGCUCCGGAUCUGCACGCAGGUGGUCCCUCCGCUGCAGAUGCCCGUGCAGCUGAUACCGGAGCUGUAGUUGCACUCGCUCCCGGCUCUGCCGCAGCGCAGGCACCUGAGCUCGAUCCAGUGCAGAGCGAGCAGCUUGGACUGAAGCUUGCCGGCCUGGUUUGCAUGUUGUCUACCACGGCCACGAACACUCUGGACAACACGCAGGCGCAGCACCAGGCUCGCGAAGACUCUUCCUUGAGCCAGAUUCUGAUCCGGCUCACCCUCACGGCACAGGGCCUGGAUUUCUUUGGCGCCUGCGCCGCGCUGCAGGAGCUGGCCACGCACAUCGAGGAGCUGCAGGCCAUCUACCAACGGGUGCCGCGGUUCGGCCAGCUGCUCAUUGCCUGCUUGUCCGUCAUCUGCCAGGAAGUCCGGAAAGGCAUGGACGAAGAGCGCGCGCGCUACAUGGAAUUGCGCCUUUUUCGCUGCCACCAGAUUUGGAGUCUUUCAAAAGCAGAGAUAUUGCAGACCAUAGCGCCGGUCGUGCCGUUGCAUGACGGAAAGAACGAAGAAAGUACGGAGCCAGCACCAGCACAAGUGGCUCCUCGCCCUGGUCGUGAUGAUGUUCUUCCUGCUGCGGUCGGGCAAGAAGAAGAACCCGCGAAGGCAACAAAUGCAUCAAGCCACCCGACCGCGAAUCACGCACCACCUCUUACUGUCAACCACAACCGCCUCGAAAGCGACGAGCCGGCAGCUGCAGUUGCGAAAGAUGGACACGCUCUUGUAAAGAGCGAUCAGCAGCAGGAAGACGAAGAUAAAAAUGGAAACAACGAAAAGCAAAAUGUGACCACGACAUCAUCUGAGCAAGUUAUAACAGACGCGAGUGUCGGCGACUCAGAUGAAACAGUCAACACGACUGGAGUAGACACAAAGCAGUGUCAGGUGGGACGCGGCGUAGAUACUAGUAUUGACGCCAUAACAGCACCAGCAGGUGGCUCCAAUAACGGUGACGUAGAAGAAGACGCGGCAAGACGCACAACAAGUUCGACCUUGGAUCUCCCGGCGUUGCCGCGGCAGGAGGACGAGGAGGACGGAUCCUCCACAACCAUAGGCAGCAAGAAUGCUGAACAGGCGACCGACAGUCUUGCUGCCGCUCCUACUACUUUUCAAGAAAAGAGGAAAAUUCGCAUUUCUACGGAUCUGUUGAAGCCGUCAAAGCGCGUUGAGGUCAUGGCAAAGAGGAUACACACAGAUGGUCUAAACUUGUCGAUUUUGCGGAUCCUGGAAGGUCUGAUAUUCACGAUGGAGCCCGACCCCCUACUGAUUUCGAAUUUAACCCAGCGACUGCUGAAACUGAACAUCUUGCCGCAUUUCGCCGUGCGCAGGUGCCAUAGCAUGCUCAAUUGCUUCCGCGACCCCCUCUUGUCGGUACAAUAUUCGGAAUACUACUGGGAAACGGUCUUGCGGUAUGCAUCGUAAAUCUUAAAUAUGUCUUGGCGGCCUGGAAGAAUGCAGCCUUUGUAAUGCCUGGCUGACAGGAGAGAAAAAUCAGAAGUCAUGCCUAUUGUACUGCGAAGAUGUCGCCCCCUCUGCCUCUCUUUGUAAGUACAUGCAAUUAUAGUGCUAUUUGUCUUGCCAUGCGGUUCAUCAUGAAAAAGAAAAACAGAAUAACUUGGCAGCUCCAGACCUUGUCAUGUGUCGCUGCGAAAACGAAAAGAAAGCUGCUGAUACAAUUUCUUCCAGACACUAGGAUGAUCACAGGCUUGCAGACCCGCCAGACAUAUAGGUAUUUGCGUUUGAUAUGCGGCGCGCCCGAGCAAGAAGGCAGCGGCGCCUGCAGCGCAACGCUGCGAAGGGUAGUAGACGCGACGACAUGCGCGUGGAGGACGAUGGCGAGUCUGGCGCAGGACACACUCCAGUAAAGAAGGAGCACGAGGACGAGCACAGAGCAGCUGCGACAGAUGAGGAUGAUCGCAGUUACAGCCUGGUUGCAAGUCAGCAGCUCUCCGAACACACCGAAGAACACGACGAAACGGGCGACGAGGAAAGCGAAGCCGAGCCGCAGCCACGUGACCGGGGUCGUGCAGAGCACGACGCAGACGGAAAAGUCUUGAUCGACCUCACUGCAGGAACAGUUGCGCUCGAGAACAAGUCCUCGUCCAGAAGAGAAAAAAUGAGGAAAACAAGUAGUACACAACAAGCAAAGUCAAAUACCGCAUUGGAAGUUGAUGUUGACAAUGACAAUGUCGACGAAGAGGAGGUGCGACAAUCGAUGAAUCCCUGCCCCUGUCUCUCCAUUCUACAGCGUCUGCGCCCGAAGCCCAGGGCCAAGCAGGUGCAGGAGCACGUGCUACGCACGCUGCGCGAAAAAGUGCUAAAGUCCGACGAAUUUCGCAAAUGCUUUUACUCGCACGAAUUCCGCGACGGGUUGGAGCCGAGCCUGCUCUUUUCGAAAAAUAAACGAGCAGCGACGUCGAAGUUAGGAUCUUCUGGCGACGACCUCCAUGAUGGUGCGUCAUCAACAUCGAAGGAGCCUGAAAUGGUUCCCAUUCUGCCUAUAUGCAAUGUAAAUGUCCCGUACAUGUACAAAAUGCAUGACAAAUUUCGCUAACUUGCAGUGUCCAACUUGUCAUGCUAGACUAGGACUGAAGGCAAGUUUUGUCAUGCAGAGACUGCAUUUGUAAGUACGUGUACUGGAAAUUUGCUGUGGAUAGCCUACUGUCGAGCUCUAUGGCUCCUCCGUAAACGGCUUUAUGACAGGGGACAGCGACAUUGACGUCACACUCCUGCACCCCGCACUGUCGCAUGCGUCGUUGGACCCUUCCUUGCUGCGGGAAAAGUGCAUUCUGCUGGCGCGCUGUUGCAAGCAGAUCCUGCCGAGCGAGGGGUUUGCGAACGUGACCGUGAUUCAUGCCCGGAUCCCGCUGGUCAAGGUGAAAGACUACCUGUUUGACGACCUCAAGUUUAACAUCGACAUCAGCUUUAACAACGUGUUGGGGUACCAGAAUUCCAAACUCCUGCGGGCCUACGCCAAUUGCCCGCUCUGCCAGGAUCUGGGGAUGCUGGUCAAGGCCUGGGCGAAGCGCCGGGAGUUGAUCGACGCGCAGAAUGGCCUGCUUUCCUCCUACGCCUACAUGCUGCUCGUGAUUUUCUUUCUGCAGCACAAGAAAAAGAUUCUGCCGAACCUGCAAAAGUCCGUGAAGAACAGCGUGCGACCCAGGGAGAACUUCCUCUACGGGUGUCACGACAUUACCUUCGACAAGAAUUGGGAGUACGAUGCGAGUUUAGCACAGAGACAUCUGGACAGCAUCUUUCUGCCCAACGCUUGUGCCGGGAACGCGCGCACCAACCGGAACUUGUUCCCACCCGCCACGGCGACUUGUAGUUUUUCAACAUCAAAAGAGGAAUUCUUGCAGAACGAGGGCACGACGGCUGCUAGUAGUAUCCCCAUUGAUCCAUCGUGCUGCAUCCCGAGUCCGCUGUAUUGUUUGUUCACACAGUUUUUUCACUACUAUGCGCACGAGUACAACUUCCAUCGCGAAGUCGUUUCCAUCCGUCUCGGCCAGCCGCUGCCCAAGCUGAAAUACCUCCACUACUUCCGAAGCGAAACAGAGCUCGCGCAUCAGCAGCAGCAGAUGGCCCGCAACGGCGGGGAUCAGCAUAACAAAAAAAGUAGCUACCAACCUCCCCGGUGGUCCUGCCCGCUGAUCCAGACCGACGGGGGCAACACCGUGCGGUUCGCGCAACGCCACGUCAACUUGUUGAUCGAGGAUCCGUUCGAGAAGGGACAAAUCAAAUGUCCGACCUACCUCGGGCAAGAGCGACUCUGUUACGAGUUUCAGCGUGCUUACGCCGUGCUCUCGGAAACGAUCAUCGAUCAGGAUCCGCUGCUCACCCUUUUCGCCGCCAACAGUUACGAGGAAUGCUGCGCGCCACCCACGAGAAUCAUGCCGCGCCUUAUCCAACACCAACGCCCACAGCCACACCAGGAGCAGCCGCAGCAGCCCUCGACGUUGCAACGAGGCAGAUUAGUAGAGUCCCCGCAGCAACAGCAGAAGUCUCUUCUUUUGUUGCAAAGAGCAGCAACCACGGGUGGCGGGCCGCAGGGAGGUUGUUCUACUUACCCUUAUGCUUCUAGUACAACAACAUCGACCUCGAAACCAGGUGGAUGUGGUGGCGAAGCGGAACUUGUGGGAAAAAGUGCAGCCGCGGCCCCAGAGCUGCUCGGCCGAACGCGUACCAGUCCAACGCCGGCGGAGGAGCGGAGAAACGAACUACUUGCGAAGCUGAUUCAGCAGCAGCAAGCACAGCACGAGUCGCGACGCGCAGGAGCAGGCGAGACCGAAACGACAGAGACAAGAACAGCCACCUCCCGUCCACCAGGCGGUCGCGAGUCCGCGCCGGUGCGCAGUCCCGUGACGCCAACCUGCACCUCCGCAGCAGAGGAACAAGCAGGUUCGAGCUCGACACCUCCAUCGACGGACGAGUUUCUGCAGCCCUCAACAAGAACACUGGGCCUGGUCGCUAGUGCCGAUAACAAAAACAGCCUCAUUGUUGCUACAAGCGUCAGCGACGAAGCAGGCGUCCGCCAUGUGGCAGACUGCAAGGCAGAAAACAAUCCCGUUCAGGACGACGCGCUGAUGAAGCAGGCAAGGGCUGCAGCUCCUGCUUCCACGCCGGCCCCUAAAGCUAAUCAUGACCUUCAACUUCAGGACGACGAAAUUAAAAAAGAACAAAAGAUCGACGCUGAAACGAUUGACGAUGUUGGGCUUACUGGUCAAGCAGAGCUGUACACGAACAACGUAGAUGAAGAACUACCGAAGCAGCGUGCUACGCUUGCGGCUCGCAGCGCCGGAACCGAGAACGCGUCGCCUCUGGCGUCCGUAUGCGCUCCUUCAUUUUCAACAUCGGCGCCCCUGCUCACUGCUUCGCCAGGAGCGGCACUUUUGCAAACGCCAGGCGCAGGUCUGGAGGCAACUGUAGUGGGCGACGAGCCCAGUUGUACUGCUGGGACCCAAGCUGCCUUUGAUGAACAUCCGGCGGUCAUGAACAGCUGCAGCGUUGCAUCAACUACUCAUGUGGCCGCGGGAAAAAUUAAGAAGCCGGUUGGCGUUGCCGAACUUGAUUCGGACGAAGAGGAAGAGCUUGACGAAUUCGAUAACCCUCAUCACGCAGCGCUGUGCGACGACGACGGUGCGGAGAACGCUGGCGAUAGUCCACUGUUCAACCCGGAGGACGUGGUACCCAGCUGGUCACGCAGUCCAAACUUUCGACAGCAGGACACCUUUGGCUUUGCGCCCACGACUUCGUGCGACGAGGACGAACCAGAAGAGAGACUGGAGGAUGCGGAAGCGCCGCAAGGAUCAUAUGGUGAUGAUUUCCAAAAUCGUCCUCCUGAACGAGAGGAAGUAGACGCCGCUGUUGACUCUGACCAAAACGACCAGAAGUUUCUUACGGUAGGCGGCGCAGAUCCGGAUUUUCAUCACAUAGGUCUGGAAGGUGGAAGAAUAGAAGUUGCUGGUGAGCUACAUGAUCGGAACACCAGCGGCCAUGAAGAAAACACGGAACAAAGCGAUAGCAUGGCGUGCACCACCAGUGUACUAUUCGGAGAAGCAGGUGAUCAUCUUGAUGUUUGUGAAGAUGAAAAAGAUCCGCUGGUAAGAACCACAGCCACACAGCAGGUGCAGGUGGUUCCUUUGGAACAGGACGAAGGGGGUCAUGAAGAAGAUGCACAACAGGAAGAGGUCCUCGGCACCAACAAUCCUUCUGCGGAACGCGUGGUCGUGGCUCUGGGCGAAGGUGCGGACCAGGAAAAGCAUGAUAGCGAGGAAAAAACAGACGCAGCUGCAAUGAUGAAAACAAUACCGAACUCUUCGUCUUCUGCUCCAGCAGAGGGGGAAGCAGCCUACCACGAGGUCGUUGCCGACGAAGUUGAAGAUCAUCUUGCUGUUCCCGAGGAACAGGACGAGAAUUUGGAAAAGGAGCCUUCUCAAUGAUGAUCUAUUUGAGGCUGAAAAGUGGUAAACAUCAAUCUACAAUUGUCGUCACGUACUACACGCCCCCGCGGCCUGCUGGUCAUUCUUUUGUACCAAGGAGAUCAGCACAAAGAGAAGGAUUAAUGACAGAUGCACCCUGGUGCAUCAUUUUCGA